AUGAAGUAUUCCCCUAUUGAAAGAAUAUGCCUCGAGUUAAUCUUCACAGCUAAAAAGUUGAGGCAUUAUAUGCUAUCACACACAAUCAAUCUUGUUUCAAAGAUUGAUCCAUUGAAGUACAAAAUGUCCAGGCCAAUUCUUUCUGGAAGGAUUGGAAAAUGGGCAUUACUGUUGAAGACCUUCCCGAUGAAGAAGUUCUAUUCAUCGAAAUCAUACCAUCAUGGAGGCUAUACUUCGACAGGGCAGCCUGAAGUUAUGGUACUGAAGCAAGAAGAAAUGUUCAAUAAUGUGGCAGAAUAUCAAGCUCUUGUCAUCGGCUUAGAGACAACUUUAGAUAUGGAUAUCCACCAGCUGGAAGCCUUUGGAGAUUCUAAAUUCAUAAUCAACCAACUUUUAGCUAAAUAUGAAGUCCGUAAUUCAGACUUGAAUCCAUAUCAUAAACAUGUGGCAAUGCUUAUGAGACGAAUUGAUUCAAUAAAAAUCAAGUUCAUCCCGAGAAGUGAAAAUAGGGAAGCUGAUGCCUUAGCUAAUUUGGCUAUUAUUUUAGCUAGAUCAGAUGAAGAAUUUUCCCACUCCAUAUCAAUUGCUCAAAGAUGGGUGCUUCCGUCAUUGCUACCCAGUAAUUUGGAAGAAAAUAAUAGUGUCGAAGUGGUCGAGGAUGAGGAUAGAGAAGAUUGGAGACAACCAAUAAUCAAUUUUCUUCAACAUCAAAAGCUAACAGAUAAUCCACAGCAAAAAACAGAAAUCAAGAGGCGUGCCUCUCGCUUUAUCUUUUAUAAGGGAAAACUUUAUCGACAAUCAUUUGAUGGAGUUUUCCUUCGAUGCCUAAGUAAUGAUGAAGCAACGCAGGUCGUGGAGGAAGCCCACUCUGGAAUUUGUGGUGCCCACCAAUCUAGACCCAAACUCCAUUUUCGAAUAAAGAGGAUGGGGUAUUAUUGGCCAACUAUGGGUCUUGAUGUAAUUAGACCUAUAACUCCAAAGUCUUCAAUAGGGCAUGCAUACAUCCUCGUCGGGAUCGACUACUUCUCUAAGUGGGCUGAAGCCAUACCAUUGAAGGAAGUAAAGAAAGAAAAUGUCGCAGAUUUCAUUCGUAUCCAAAUCAUUUAUCAAUACAGUGUCCCGCGACAUAUCAUAACUGAUAAUGGCAAGCCAUUUUGCAAUAGCCAUAUAAACAAUUUAUGUGCAAAGUUUGGGUUCAAACAGUACAACUUGUCCAUGUACAAUGCGGCAGCUAAUGGAUUGACAAUGGUAUUCAACAAAACACUAUGCAAUCUGCUGAACAAGGUUGUCUCCAAAGCAAAAAAAGAUUGGCAUGAGAAAAUUAGUGAAGUCUUAUGGGCUUAUCGAACUACUUAUCGGACUCCAACACAAGCCCCUCCUUAUGUCUUAGUAUAUGGGGUGGAAGCUGUAUUUCUACUGGAGUGUCAAAUUUCUUCACUUUGA